CAGGGGGCCGUCUUAUCAACGAUCGUACGAUUUUGGAAAUCUUAGCGUACGAUUUUGAUCUACGAUUGUCGUACGCUCGAUCGUAAGACUGUCUUAUCAACGCGGUCGUACGUUCAACCUAAAAUCUUACAAUUUUCAUAAGCGUACGAUUCUUACGCCUGCGCACUAACACGUACUCUUUAAAAAAGGAGGUAACGCGCAUUUUAAUGUCAAACUGGAAAUACGAUGUCUGCUACAAUUCAGCGAUGUCUGACAAGGCAAGAAAAGUUAACUGGACAACUCAAGAGCGUGAUAUGCUCAUUAGCAAGUGUGAAACUGCUGAUGUAGCCACCGGCAAGUUUUCACAGACAAUUACAGCCGCGGACAAAGCCCGUUUUUGGGCGGAUGUAGUGGAAAGUGUGAACAGUGUAAGCGGGUGUUCAAGGACGCUUGAACAAGUCAAAAAGAAAUGGAUUGACUUAAAGUCACAAACCAAGAAGAAAACUAUACAGUAUAUUGCGGAAACCAGAAAAACAGGUGGUGGCCCAGCCCCUAUCUUAGACCUGAAGGCAUGGGAGAGCAAGAUUCUACAGACAAUACCCACCUGCAGUGUAGAAGGGAUAGAAAAUGGUGCAGACACCUUUCUUGCUUUGGGAAGAAAGGAAAUUUUGCAGGAUAAAGGAUUUGAAGGUGAUAAUGAGCCAGUGCCAAAGAAGGCAAAAUAUGACAAGAAAACAGAGGAUGACAUAUAUCAACUUGUUGAACAACAGACUGCAAUUAUGACAGAAUUGAAUUCAACAUUAAAAACAUUAAAUCAGUCUUUAGAUGGCAUAAAAAACGAUAAGACAAACUUAUUUAAAAUUCUAACACGACAUGUAUGUUUCCCUUAUGAACUCAGAAGAACCGAAAUUGUGUGUUAUAAUGGUCAUAAAAUCAAUGUUGACAUUCUUAAUUUGGACAUUUGAUGAAACCAUUAAAAAUUUUACGAGCUGAAUAUUAAUAUGGAAACUUUACAGGCACAAGUUAGCUUAAUAUCGGAUACUGCAGCAUUUAUUAGUUGACAUGUGUUAGGAUUGAAAUAAUAUAUCUCAAUCAGUAAAUUUAACCAUUGAUAAAUUAAAAUCAAUGUUUGUCCUUCAGAUGUGCAGCAUCAUAUCAAUUGGGCUUUGCCCCCGUGAUGUAAUUUCUUACAUCUGGACUCCAAACAGUGAUUUUAUUUAGCACUAAAAUCAAAAUUUAGGAUAUAUUAUUUCUUAAUCAUUAAUUUAUAGUCAUUGUAAAAUUUUAAUUUAAGCACCCACCCUCCCUAACAUAGUGUUGGUGUCUAUUUUUAUCAGGAAACACUUCUGUCCUAUCUGUAUUUUGAAUUGUUUUAACCAUGUUUGUUUUGAAGUAACAGUUGAGCAAUUAUGAUAGUCCUUUUUAAACUUAGAAUUUUAGGCAAUUUAGAAUUUUUAACAUAAUUGCCUGUAAUAUAGAAUGAUUUAAAAGCUAUAAAAGACAUCAACAUGAAACUUGUUAUACUGUUAGUUAAAAAAGAAUUUUGACAGGUUAUAUUACCCCAUUUAAAUGGUUGUUUGCUUAUAUAACGGUGAGGGUUAUAAUUUGCAAACAAAUUCUUUUAAAUGGCCAUAUAACUUAUCAGAAAUCUUUGUAACAAAGUCAUAAUACAGCAAACAACAUUUUUAGAGGGGAAAAAAUUCUUCAAUCAUAAAUUUAAACAUCAUUGUAUUCCAAUGAAAAAUGGUGUUAAAAAAUGUGCAGUAUUUGAAUUAUUAAUAUUUAACAGGUAUAGUUGUAAGACAAGGGGAUAUUUCUGAAAGCUAUAUUUUUAGUAGUUAUUUUUCACAAUGAUUCAAUGAAUUAAUGUAUUUCAUGAAAUCACAAAUUAAUAUUCAACAUAUUAACUGAAUAGCUUUCACAUGUAUAGUUUACUUAUAUUAUUUAAUAUUACUACUUAACCCCUUUAAUGUUUAUUAUUCAUUACAAAUAUAAUUUUUUCUUAUCAAAGGUAUCAUUGACUCUGACAAUAAGUUAACUACUGUACUGUGCUAAUUUUGGUUUAUGUGAAAUACAAAGAAAUUCUUUUAAGUAAUACAUGGGUGCUUAAUUGAGAUCAAAACAUAGAUUUAAUUGUUUUAAUUGAGUGAAAUGUUAUAUUUCAAGUGACCAGAACAAGUAAUUAUAUUUUAAUUUCUAUGUCUUAAAAACAUUUCUUCAGAAUAAAUUAAUUAAUUCCUGUCUAAUGUUAUUAUUACUUCUGUCAUCUCCAUUUGGUAAAUUAUUAUCAUCAUCAUCAUCCUGUGUGAUGAUCUCCACAGGCUCUUGUACUCCUCUAGUUUUACAAAAGUUAUGUAGCCUCAUACAUGCUACCACAACUUGGCUGCUCUUUUCUGGUGAAAACG